CAGACGCUGCGUUUGUGUGUGUGUGUGUGUGUGUGUGAGUGUGUCUAUUAGUGUGUGUGUGUGUGAGACUGCUUGAGCUGCCGCUAUCGAAAGAGGAGCAGAGAGGAGGUGAGCCACUAAGCAUAACUAAACAAGCACAAGACCAAAUUGGACGAAAAACUGGACUUGGUAGCGGACUUGAUAGGAGUCCUCCAAAGUGUACCGGACUCCUACUUUUGAAAAGGCUCGUCAUCGACAGAACUGGAAUGACAGAGCCGGACUCAAAAGUCUGCUCGACUCUCGCGGACUGUCGCGGACUUGACGAUGUCUACUCUGACGACCUUGACACGGCAGAAAGUGGACAGUAAAUAAUCCGACUGGCGUCUGAUGAAGUGACGUGUGAUUCGCGGAAAACGAGGAAGUGGUUGGAGGUAGUAGCGCUAAAUAGCACAAUGCAGGUUAGCCACCCAGGUUGUGUCUUUCGGAAAUUGACGUAUGUAAGAAAUGGGCAGUGGGCCGCAAAUUGACCCUGGGGCCACAAUUUGGUCACCGCCACGGGACCGACUUCUGGGGAGUCUGUGCGGCGGUUCCAGAGAAGAAGGACCCACUCAAGAAGGAAAAGUUCUUAACGGAGGAGCAGCACGACAUGGAUGCCGGACCUUCAGGCGGCGACACCAGCAUCAGGAGCAGCCCUCCCUAAGCCCGCCUCCAUCAUGGCGGAGUCAGGUCUUCAGGUUUCAGUCGGUGACUUCGGCAGCAGUGUCCUGAGCAGCCUGAACGAGCAAAGACUUCUGGGACUCCACUGCGACGUCUCCAUCCUUGUCCAGGGUCAGCUCUUCAAAGCCCACCGGGCCGUCCUGGCCGCAUCCUCGCUCUACUUCCGAGACCUGUUCAGCGCCGAGUCCUCCGAUACGUCGGAGUGGUCCCAGUCUACGUAUGAGCUGCCGUCUUCGGUGACGCCCUCCUGUUUCCAUCAGAUCCUCACCUUCUGCUACACGGGCCGUCUCAACAUGGUCGCCAGUGAGCAGCUGGUCCUCAUGUACACGGCUGGGUACCUGCAGGUCCAGAACAUUGUGGAGAGGAGCCUAGAGUUUAUGAAGAUGAAGACCACAUCCUCAUCACCGCACUGCUGUGACUCACAGACCACCUCAACGGACGAGCUGGGACCUUUAGACCAGUCUGUGGGCCACCCGCAGGAUUCCAGUCCAGAUCCCUCGUCCAUGACUCCAGAGGACCUGGUAAUGUCCGUGAGCCAGAUCAAACAGGAAAGGCAAGACACACCGCUUGAGGACCACGCAGGAACAACUCCAGAAGAACUGAAUGCCAGAGUGGACUUUGCAGGGGAGCUCCAGACCACCAGAGGGCGUGCUAUCUGUUACCUGGGUGCAGCAGGGAGCCUGGUCAUGGGUCUGCAGUCCUACCUCUUGGCGGGCGGACGCUGCUCGAGUUCAGAAGCGUCCAGCCUGCCCACAGACUCACCCCCGUCACACGCACCGACGGAGGUGGAGCCGGAGGAUGGUUACUACGGCAACGCCACGCACUCCGGAAUAUACCAAAACACGUUUGGACGCCAGAGUCAGACUGGCAAGGAGAAAAUGGAGAUGCUACGCCUGCCAUUGGCCAGUGAGCGGCGUGCAGGCAUGUUAGUGGGCGGAGACAACAUGACGCUCCCCGCCAGUCUGAUCAGUCAGAUUGGGUAUCGAUGCCACCCUGCGCUAUACACCGAGGGAGAACCCGGAGAGAAGCUGGAGCUGGUGGCAGGUUCGGGCGUGUUGAUGACGCGGGGCCAGCUGAUGAACUGUCACCUUUGUGCGGGGGUGAAACACAAAGUUCUGCUCAGGAGGCUGCUGGCGACCUUCUUUGACAGAAACACCUUGGCCAAUAGCUGCGGGACGGGGAUCCGCUCCUCCACCAAUGAUCCGAGCCGAAAACCGCUGGACAACCGAGUGUUAAACACCGUCAAACUGUACUGUCAGAACUUUGCUCCGAGCUUCAAGGAGAGCGAGAUGAACGUGAUCGCAGCCGACAUGUGCACCAACGCGCGCAGAGUUCGCAAGCGAUGGCUGCCCAAGAUACAAUCCCUGCUGCCCCGCGGUGGCGGCGGCGGCGGGAGGAAGAUCCGGAGGGGGGCCGCCGGACGAGGAGGAGGGGACAACUUGGACGUGGAUGCGCGUCAGCUCAGCGUCGCCCCCUACUUGUGCCUGGAGGUGGCCGGGAAUGGCACACAAAAUCAGGAACAGCAGCACCACCGCCUCCUCCUCUGCGCCGCCUCCUCAUCCUCGUCCUCCUCGUCCUCACCAUACCCCCCGGAUGCUGAACGCAAGGGGGCGGAACUUCCAGACAGCCAAUAAGCACUGGACUACACCUGUCCAACAGCCUGUCUGUCCCCUGACUCAUUUCCUGUCUGUCAUCCGACCUCACUAACUGUCCAGUUGAGUGUCCCCUAACUCACUUCUUGGCCUGUCCUCAGUUCUGACCUCUGACCUGACCUCAGUUCCUCUCUGUCCCUACCUCACUUCUGAUAUGUCCCUUGAACUCAUUUCCUCUGCCCCUACCUCACUUCCUGUAGUCCCCGCUCAGCCGCUUUGCUGCAUGUUACCAGCUUCUUGGCCACUUGCAAUGGGACUUAUAAUGAUGAUGAUGAUGUUGAUGUCAAUAAAGCUUAUGUAAUAUCA